AUGAGUGCCGUGGCCACCCUGUGCGUCAUCGUGGCCGGAGCGGCUGCCGUGCUGUUCGCAGCGGCAGGAUACCUGUGGGCCAGCCGGCUGCGUACUGAGGUGCCCGGACCACCCACUCUCCCCAUCCUGGGCAACCUGCUCUUCUUUCGGAAACUUCCUGUUGUCUACAAACACUGCAACAAGUUGCAUAGAAUGUACGGAAAUGUCUACAGGUUUUAUAUAGGCCCGGUGCUCAUUGUGGUGGUGACACAGGCGGAGGACGCGCAGAAGCUACUGGCAGGCGCGAAGUUGCGAGAUCGGGGCUCCUACUUAAUGCGACCCCUUCGUCCCUUUCUGGGCAAUGGCCUCAUAACCAACAGCGGAGAGACGUGGAAGAGUCAACGGAAGCUUAUCGAGCCUUGCUUCCAUUCUGAGGAGUCACUGCGGUUGUUUCCCACGGUACCAGUCGCACCGGUGUUCGCGUCGGAAGACAUCCCACUGAGCGACGGGCGGUACGUGGCGCCCCGCGGCAGCGUCGUCUUCGUCUUCCUGAACCUGCUGCACCGCCAGCCAGCGCUCUUCCCCGACCCCGACAAGUUCGACCAGCGUCGCUUCCUGGAGGGCGGCGUCGCUGGUGCACUUUUCCCCUACAGCUACCUGCCGUUCGGCGCUGGGUCGCGCCUCUGUGUGGGUGCACGCUUCGCCAUGCUGGUGAUGAAGACGACGCUGGCUAUGGUGAUGCGGCAGUUCCGCAUCGUCGCCAGCUGCACUCGGGAGGAGCUGGAGGAGAUCGCAGUCUUCAUCACGGGCAAGCCUGUCCGCGGCAUCAGGAUCACGUGCAUCCCACGUUCAGCUCCCACGAUGAAGAAUUGA